AAAUAAUGCUACAUAGACAAAAGUCUUGUGACAGAUAUAAAAUAAUUGCUGGUUGAUGAGGAUUUAUUACUUACUGUAUGUGUAUCCUGGGUUUAAAGAAAUCGAGGAAUUACCGUAUUUCAAAGAUGUGGACUGCCACUCUUGUACUCACAUUAUGCAUAACGUCCGCCACGGCACCAUCUGCAACUGGUCGAUCUAAACAAUCUACAAAACCACCAUCUCAUGCAAGAGCUGCAGAAAUUCCAACACUCGAAGACCUACAGAGAGGCGUAGGGAUAGGAGACCCUACUGACAACUUUGAACCCGUCAUAAGGAUGAAAAACGGCAAGAUUAAAGAAGAAUCACGUGAACAGUUAGAACAAUACCGUAUACAUCAUAUACCGGAAAGUAAUGGACAUCUCGAUAGUAAUCUCGAGGUGAUUCGUGGACAGAUGGCCUAUAGGCGCUUAGUCCAGGCGCUCAUAGUAAAUGACGAGAAAGCAAAAACCAAGUACCAGAAGGAUGCUGCAAAAUUCAUGAGAGAGACGGGACUUUCUUUAAAACAUGCUGAAAAUGAGGCCCGGAAAGAAAAAAAUAAUAAGGGACACAGACAUAAACGAUUUCUUACAGAUAUGACCAAUCGUUACUGGGAUAAAUGCAUUAUACCGUAUGAAUACGGAGAAGGCUUUACGGGCUACAGGUAUGUUCAAGGUCCAAUGCAGACGUUCGAGUAUUAUACAGGAUUCCGCUUUGUGAAAUGGAAUGAAUCUGUUCAGUCCUUGUACGGGCUCACCCAUAAUAACAGACUUCGAUACAUUUAUGAAAACGGAUGUUGGUCUUUCGUUGGAAAUCUACGAGGAUCUGGUCAAUCAAUUUCAUGCUGCGGUGGGAGUACGUGCAUGCACGAGAUUGGCCACGCUUUGGGAUUCGUACACGAACAACAGAGUCCACUCCGUGACGAUUAUCUGAGAGUUGAGUGGGACGGAAUAAAUCCAAGUUACAAGGGCCAGUAUAAUAGAGUGAACAGAGAAAGUAAAGUCUUAUUUGGUUAUUAUGAUCCCACCUCUGUCAUGCAUUACGGGAACGGGGAUUUCGGUGUAAAUCGUAAGCCUACGAUGUACACACUGGACCCUGAUCGUGACUUCUUAUUAGGUAGAGAUACGACCAGAUAUUACUAUUUCUUUAAAGAGGCAAUGGAAACGCACAAAUGUUUUGAUUUGUUUUGUAAUGAAAGUCUAACGUGUGAACAUGGAGGAUACCCUUCUGUUGUUAAAGGAGAAUGUCUGUGUGUUUGUCCGUACGGAUUGGAUCCUAAAACACGGUGCUCAAGUACAGAAAAAACUGAUACUUCCCUGGAAAAUAUACCGUGGCCUGCCGGCUCCUUUACUACUCUUAACACAGUGGAUGGAUGUCCGGAGGGUUUUAAAUUGGGAUGGCAAUACCAUGUACCACCAAACUAUAUCUGGGGACCAAGUUUAUACAAUGCCAAGCCAUACUGGUACUGGUGGCACUUGGAACACGAGUUCUGUAGUCGUAUAGAUGAACAAAAUGAUGGGGAAGAUUGGCCGGCAGGCAGUUACUGCAUAUACAGGAAAGGGGGCAGCUGCCCAACAGGGUUUGAAUCGGGCUACAUACAAAUGGACGAUGCACCGACAAGUAGGGUAAAUACUACCGAAGGCGAACUUCCGGACGGUGUUUAUGGAAAUAACACACGCUGGGAAUUUUGUUGUAGAAGAGACGGCUUUACUAAGACGCCAAUUAAGCUUCCAACGAAACAUCCGUUUAUACUCUUUAUGAAAUCUUCUUGCCAAGUAGUUGAAGGAAUGCAAGCAAAUAUGGAAUAUUUCAAUUGGCGGAGUGAUACAGCAGACGGCAACAACAAAUUUGGCGGCAGUCUACCAUAUUAUUUUAAGUUCACCGAGAGUCAAUUCAACCUAUACUUCUGCUACUAUUCAAAAGUUUUUAAAGAUUGUGGCGGUAUUUAUAAACUAAAUUCGUCCCAUGCGACUAAUCCACUGAAUAUCCAGUCGCUUAAUUAUCCUAAUCCAUACGGGGAAAAUGUGGACUGCUCGUAUACUAUUCUGGCGCCAGAAAAUACAACAAUUCAACUAGACUUCAAUGAUUUUGAGAUAAAGUGCAAAAGAGACACUGUGGAAGUCGCCUUUUCUAUGCCAGGUCAUUUCGGACGUAAAUACUGUGGAUCAGGUUUUGAUAAGACUGUUUUGUCAAGCAAGAAUUAUAUGCGACUGACGCUUCUGUCAAAAACCGGUGGAGGAUCGUCAAAGGGUUUCUCCGCUAAUGUCCGAGUAAUAUACGACAAAUGUUUUACCAAAAACGACAAAGACCGAAGUUACUCUGGUGACAUGAGCUAUACACAGAAUUUUGAACCAUGCCUGCCUUGGAAUGAAGUCCAAAAUUGCAGAUUUCAUAGGUUCGCCCCAGAAACAUUUGAUGACGAUUUAUCGGAGAAUUUCUGUAGAAACACUGUACUUGGUACUGGACCCUGGUGUUACACGAACGCCGAAACGUGUGAACGGGAUUAUUGCGAUGCUUGUAGCAAAAGGAAUUGUUACGAUCUGUUUAACGAUUGCGCUGCACUUAUAGCAGACAACUCAUCUUUCUGCUCUAUAAAUCUAGACGGACAGGCUCUGAGAGGGUGUAGACGCUCGUGUGGUGGAUGCAAGACUGUUGAUACUGAUAAAACUUGUCCUGCCCCUGGAAUCGUUGAUAACAUUGUACCUUCACCGGCGAAAAACUCUUCUUCUGUAGGAGAUCAGGUUAAAUAUGUUUGUCCAACUCCCGGCAGUAAUGAUGUACGUACCAGAACAUGUACAUCUAGUGGAACAUGGACAGAACUGGGUUUUGUGUGUGGAGCAUGUCCUGAAGGGUGGGGUAUGGUAAAUGGAAGGUGCUACAAAUGGUUCGAUACAUUCCUUACGCAUGACGAUGCUAAAACAUUCUGUGAAGGUCUAGGUGCAGGACUAGCGGUCAUCACUUCACAGAAACAACAUGACUAUGUCUACAGGAUUGUGCGCUUUGACGUAGAGGCAAUGGAGGGAGUUUGGAUUGCGCUAAAGAGAAAUACUAAUACUGGACAGUAUGAAUGGGACGAUGGCAAAACUAUAACCUUCAGCGGGUGGAAAUCCGGGGAACCUGAUUGCAAUAGCGAUUGUGGAAUUUAUGACAAAGGUGGCUGGUUUUCUACAGUUUGCGACUACAGGAAGACAUUCGUCUGUAUGCACACCCCUUCAGAACGUACAACAUGUGCCGACCAGUCUAGCCACUGUGAAGCUUUCAUUCGCGCUACACCGGAUCUUUGCGUACUACAGACCGACUUCGCUUAUGCCAAUUGUCCCUACUCAUGCGGCCUUUGUAAAACAGAACAAACAACUUCAAAAUCCACGUCUAAUUCAACGUCGACAUCAACUUUGUGUAGUGAUCCUGGUGUACCUGCAAAUACCCAGCUGCUAUCUAGCGCUGGAGACAUCACUGUGGGUCAGAUAUACAAGUACCAAUGCAAUAACGGUACCGCACUUUCAAGUGGAGAUUUGAUCAGGGCGUGUUUGAUAACUGGACAACUUACAGGCAGUGCACCUUCAUGCGAUCCUGAUUCAACUGUUGAACAACCAGUUAAUAACAUCAGUAUAAGACGCCGUGACGAACAUGGUAGCAGCGGAUAUGUUUAUACUACUACAAAUCAAGACUUCAAGAUCACAAAGUCUGGAAAAUUAACAAAAUGGCGAUUUUACAGUUCUCAUAAUGGCAGCAUAUCUCUACAAGUGUGGCGGUUUGCUUCCGGCGUAACAUCAAGUGGACAUUUUAUUGGAGAAAACACGGUGAACCGAACGGGAGACGACAGAGUAAGGACCAUUGAAAUUCCAGAGGCUCAGCAAAUAAGCGUUCAGGAUGGUGACGUCAUCGCCGUACAUUAUCCAGGAAGUAGCGCCGCUGGUAUUCCUUUUACUCGAUGCAGCUUGGACUGGGAGCCAUCAAAGAACAAUCAGCUGAAAGGUCCAGAGAUAGAGCCGUCGUCACUGGUCGAGGGAAAAAAUUAUACAUUUAGUGCCGAUGGAUAUGACUGCAAAACCUGGUCGUUGAACGCUUUUAUAAAAUAAGAAAAUAGUUCGGAACAGAUAGUAGGUGUGACACUUGUAUGAAACGGAAAAGAUAGUGACUAAAUAAAAGUAUACAUU